AUGUCGACGUAUGAAACCACAACUGAUAACUACAAUGAGCAAUAUAGUUCAGGCAAUAUAAUUCAAGGCGAUAUCGACUUCAACCUUUACUCUGAUUCCGAACCUCACUUCCGCGGGGAUUCCAUCUCUAAUGUGAUGAAUGAUGUAAAAAAUGAUAGCGGGGAAAAAGAUGGUUUUGGUGUUAGUGGGGGUGGAGGUGGUGGUGGUGGUGGUACUGCUGGAGACAUUGAUCUCAGGGGAACGAAAUUUCAAAGUCAGGUAAUUUACAACCAACAAAAAUUACAUCAUUCGCAUUUUAUAUGCCAACAUCACCAACAUCGUCGACUGUACAUUGCACAUAUAGAUCGAGAGCGAAAGUACAAAGUACACACACAUCACGCAAACCAUCUUUUAAAUACACCUCCUCUUUACAAGAUCAAGACCUUUGAUAGGCCAAGUAGUACUGAUUACUCGCUGAUUGGAAACCACAACGCCAUUAUCGACCUUGACCUCGAUUUCGACAUUGACAUCGAUUUAAUAACCAACAACAAGGAUAAAAAUCACCGCAAGUAUCACAACGGCAACAUCGUUCUUCCCGCCACAACAUCCACCAACACUACAGUUUUGCCAUCGCAAAUGGCAAACACCAUGCGUAAGAACGUGUUCCAGCAUACAAAAACACCUACGCCUUCUGCAUACGAAGUACCUUCGUCGCCCAAUAUCCAUAAUGCAUUGCAUCUAAGCACAACCAACCAAAAUCAUUCUGAUCUGUCUGAUCUGUGUCCGCCCGAUUCACGACCAGAAAUUUUAUCUUCAACUAAUCCAUCUACCUUACAAACACCACAAAGGCAACAAAUGUCGUCGCAACAACAGCAACAACAACAGCAGCAACGACCAUAUUCCUCGCAAACUCAACAACAACAACAACAGCAACAGCAGCAGCAGCAACAACAACAGCAAUCACAAGAUCAGCCAUCACUACAACAAAGAACUAUGUCGGAUGAGGAACAACAACUAGCCACCAAACUUAAAGAGACAUACAAGAAUAUCGUCAACUAUGAGGAAGUAGUACAGAAAAAUUGCAUAGAAAUUACAAUUAAAAUUAACCAGAUUACAACAAACCCAAAUCCUAGUUUGGUAUAUGGAUCGCAAGUUGUUAAUCAAAACAUUGCCAACUCGCUUACAUCAAACUCUUCACUCGCAUCAAACUCUACUAGAACAUCAGAAUUGCUGAAUGAUUUAUGGACAGUGUACCAUCACAAUGUUGCCUUGUUGGAUAACUAUUACGACUUUCUUAUCACCUCACUCAAGCCAUCCUCUAAUCAAACACAAUUUAAAACAGGAAAGAAUAUUGUUGAACUAUACAAGAUCCCAAGGAGAAUGUGGGUGUACGGAAUAGUUGGGUUUCUUGAAGUUUUGAAAAACAUUAUGGGGAUUUUCCAAGACCAUGAGAUUUGCUCAUGCUUUAUAUCACACUGUUUCAACAUUAUAUCGAACCUCACGGAUCCGAUUUUGGAGAUGGAAGGAUGGUGGGCAGAAAAGUUGGGUGACUUGUCUCGAAUGGCAAUUGCCUUGUACUCGACAAAGUCGAUUGAUUGGAAGAUUAGUGCCGAAUACUGGUAUUCGGUAUCAAUGAGGACUCUUUACGGACAUGGGAAGAUAUACUACCACAUGUGUACUGUUCAGCAAGAUAAUUUAGAUGCGCUUGUGAACAUUAGUAAAUCUGUUGCGUGUCGAGACCCAUUUGUACCCACCCAGCACUACUUGCGAUUGGUUGUUGAAAACAUUUGCACCCAAAGGAACAUUCUAUCAUUAUUAGAGUUACCAAUUAUAGAUUUCAUCAAGAUUCAUAAGGUCUUACUUAGUAUAUACAAUGGACGCAAUAGUGAAGGCACGUCAGUUGAGAAUAUUCACGACUCUCAACUACAAUAUGGCAUUGACUUGGUCACGAGGUACGGCUUAACAUUUGGUUCUGACUCUAAUGGAUACAAUUUUUUCACAAGAGAAAUGUACUCUGCUUCUGGUGCUAAUAUUAAUGUCGGUGCUACUCUGGGUGGAAUAGACCCGCAUAAUCCAUAUUAUCAGAAAUUACCACAGCAUCUUGCACACACAACGUCCUUGGGUGUAGGAGGUGUUGGCAGUAGUGGUGUUGGAGGUAUAGGAGGUGCUGGAGGUUUAGGAGGGAUUGGAGCACCACCUGCAAUGAUGGCACCCAGUGCUUCCAAUACAUUGGAAAAGAUGAACUUUUGGUUCAACAAGGGUUCAUUGUUUGCAUUAUCCAACAUCAAUCAUCUCAUUGGGUUUGGUGAUGCAAAGAAUCCAUUUGCCAAAUUGUUUGAAUUGCCAGAGGCACUUAAGGAAAGAAAAGAUAAGAAAGAUCGGAAACGCAAAACCAGAAGCGUUUCCCAAUCAGAAGAAGCAAUGCUAUCCAAUCUUGGCUCUACUAGUGGCAUUGAUGGACAAUCAAUCACUGCUUCCCAGUUGCAUAUUCACGAUUGGUUCCAUAGUUUGCAAUACAUCAACAAGUCAGUUUUGGAGUUAUCGAUGAGGAUUUUGAAUCAUUAUUUGGUUGGGCCUAAGCAAGCAUCAACAAGCCACGUUAUUGUAUGGCUUUACUUUCUAAUCAGUUUGGGUGAGGCAACUAAGAAAUAUACAAUUGCCCAGCCAAUGAUUCAAUGGUUAUUGAAGACAUUGUUUCCUUGGGAAUCACUCAUCAAUUAUUUAAACUCAUUACUUGCAUUUAUCAAGAAUAGCCCCAAGCUAUGCGCGUUGUACACGCACUACCUUCAGUUGCCGUAUGUAUCAUGGUUUUGCGAAAAUGAGUUUUUGCCUGAAGUUUGGAAGUGUUGGGGUACUUUGUGGUUUGACUUUAUCAACGUUAAAAGCGAUUAUACAGAUUUAGAAGAGGCGGGAUUGAAAAACAAUAAUAUAUUUGAUUAUCCUAUAUGUGGAACUUACCCAGUGGUGAAUAUGCCUUCGGAUAAUUAUAAUGAAAAGUCAAAAAAUAAGCUUGAAACUGAUAAUGAUGAGAGGAUUGUACGUAUCACUCUUUUGGCGAGAACUAUUGCUGAUGAUUAUGGUUUUGGCUUAGUGCGUGCCAAUAGUGAGUUUAAGUUUGACGAGCAAGUUUACAUGAAGCCACUGAAUGACUCUUUUGCUGAUAGUUUUGUUACUGAUGUGAGGUUUACGCAGAAUGGGUUUAUGCAACCAAUUUCAGCGGAGAAUUUAACAAUGUAUGCAAACAAUACUUUGACUUCGCUUCAAAAAGAUGAAUUGUGGUUUGGUGGAUUGGAUAGUCAUUUAUAUGAAGAUGAGAAUUUGGAGCUUGAAGACGACAUUAUCGAGGACGGUCUUGAGGGGGUAGAGGAUGAUGAAAUCAUUCCUUAUGAGGAUGAAUAUGGUAAUAUCUCAUCACUGAACCAACAGCCUUUCCAACCUCAGCUGCUGUACCAUAACCAUCAGAGUCAAAAUCAAAAUCAGAGUCAGAGUCAAAGUCAAAGUCAAAGUCAGAGCCAGAGUCAGAAUCACACUAAUCAGGGUCCUCACCACCACCGUGGCAGCAGUGCAAUUGGUGUGGCGGUGAAUGAUUUCUACAAUGAUAGCUUCAUUGGUACGCCAACAGAUCCACUUGGUAAUCUUAACAAUGAUGAGAUUGAAGGCAAUUUCGGUGACAAGAUUGAUAGCAAUAUUACAUAUAUAACGCUUGACACUAAUAUUUGGUUGAAGCAUUGUGGAAGAAUAUUCAAGUGUGUUCGAAAUGGAGUGAUCAAGAUUACGAUUCCAUUAAUUGUGUUUCAAGAAUUACGUGCAUUGAGAAAAUCUGCUGAGGCGACGAUUGCCGAUGCAGCCACGAGAUCUGUUAUCAUUAUUCGUGAACUUUAUUUGACAAGAGAGAUUGUUCCUUUGCGAUUUGACGGGACGGUGGCGCUGGACAUUAAUGAAACUAUUGAGUUUGAGAACAACUCCAACUGGAGGACAAAUGUUGACGAAACGAUUUUGCAUGCGGUAAAUGAGUAUGAUGACUUGGGAAAAAGAACCAUGAAAGGUCUUAAUUUGAAACUUUCGCCAUUCACUCGAAAAACAAUUGGUUCGCAUGCAAACACAAGUGCAAACUCGAGCAGGUCGUUUGCACAGUACAUUGGGGGUGAGCCAUAUAGUAUACACGAUGGUUAUAAUAACUAUCUGCACUCGAGCUUCAAAAGCGAAAGUAACAAUCAAUUUAAUGAACCGCCAGUACUUAACUCGCGCAUGGCAAAAUUAUUCAAGUAUUGUAUAUUGGUUACUGAUGACCGAAAUAUGAGGUUGAGAGCAAAGACUAUUGGAUUGACAUCAUUUCAGAGUAAAUGGUUGUUUAGUCAAUUGGAAACGGUGUUUUCGGAUAGAUGUAUAGAUUGA